GAAACCCUUUUUUUUUUUUUUUUAAAUAUUUAUUUUUCUUUGUCAUUUAAAAAAAAAAAAAAAGACAGAGGUAAAUUUUUUUUUUUUUCUCUUUUUACCUUUUCAAUCGCGUCAUCCAUGUUAAUAGUUUUAUUAUAAAAGAAAUAAUAAUAAAGAAAUGAACCCCUUAGCAAACCAUCCACCGGGUGGUUUUAAUAAGGAAAAGUUGCAAGGCCUUGUCCAGCGCGUCCGAUUCCUUCAAUCCCAAGGAGCCAAAGAGGAGAAUAAUCCGGAAUAUGCUCAAAUCAUGCACUUCUUAAAGAAUUUACAAAAACAACAACAAACGCGUCCUUCCAUGCCCACGAACGAGCUCGUUCAACCAUCUUUAACCAUCCCUUCUCCCAUCGCACCAGCAGACAUGCCAUCCGCUUUUUCUCAAUCGCAAUUGGCAGCUUUAAAGUACCAGAUAUUAGCUUACAAGUUGAUUUCUAAAAACCUAGUUUUACCUGCUAAUCUUCAACAAGCUGUAUUAUCACCCAAUUCGGCUCUUGAUUCACCUCUUUCCUCCGCACCUUUACAACCCCUUUCUCAACAACAACCCUCACCAGCAGCAGCAGCAGUAGCAGUAGCAUUACAGCAACAACAACAACAACAACCAGCAACAGCAACACAUACAGCAGCAGCAACAGCAGCAGUACCCACCACUGUGGUGACACCCAACCUGUCCAACGUUGGAGCGGAAGAGACACAAGCACAAAAAGUGGAUUACAAUGCUUACACGUCACCUUACGAUUUAUUAAAGAAACCCAUCAGUUCUGUAUUCCAUGCCUCUCGUCAACAACGCAUGUUAAUUCCCAGCAUCACCCCACCGGGCACAGAUCCUUAUACGAUCAUUUCCGAGCGUGAACGACGUAUUUUAGGACGGAUUCAAUACCGUAUCAGUGAACUUGAAAAAUUGCCGAGUCACCUGAAUGACAGUAAUGGACAGAAAGGAAAGGGACAUGGCAGUUUAAAGAUGAAGGCCAUUGUUGAAUUGAAGGCAUUGCGAUUGUUAGGUAAGCAAAAGCAAUUAAGAGAGGAAAUCAUGUCGGGCAUGAUGAAAUCCACCACGUUGGCCUCCUCAGCAGACCGUUUAGCGUACCGACGCAUGAAGAAGCAGUCGCUGAGAGAAGCACGUAUGACGGAAAAGAUUGAACGUCAGCAACGCACGGAUCGUGAACAUCGUGAAAAGCAAAAGCACUUGGAUUACUUACAGACCAUCUGUGAUCAUGGUCGUGGGUUAAACAAUACACAGGCUUUGCAUCGACAAAAGCAAAACAAGUUGGGUCGUGCUGUCAUUCAGUAUCAUCAACAUAUUGAGAAGGAGGAGCAAAAGAGAGCAGAACGUAUCUCCAAGGAACGUAUUCGUGCCUUGAAAAAUGAUGAUGAAGAAGCCUACAUGAAGUUAAUUGACGAGGCUAAGGAUACGCGUUUGACACAGCUGUUAAAACAAACGGGUUCUUUCUUGGAUUCCUUAACAAAGGCUGUCUUUGAACAGCAAAAUGAUUCGAUCUAUAAACAAGAUAUGAACCCAUUGGAUGAUGGUGAUGAGGAUGAUAUGGCUGCAGAUGAUCCAGAUGCCAAGAAUGAUUACUUCCAAGUCACUCAUCGUGUCAAGGAAGAAGUCUGUCAGCCCGAUAUGCUGAUUGGUGGCAAAUUAAAAGAUUAUCAAGUCAAGGGUUUGCAAUGGAUGGUUUCUCUCUAUAACAAUCACUUGAACGGUAUUUUGGCUGAUGAGAUGGGUUUGGGUAAAACCAUUCAAACCAUUAGUUUAAUUACCUAUCUCAUUGAACGAAAGAGACAAAACGGUCCUUUCCUUAUCAUUGUUCCCUUAUCUACCCUGACCAAUUGGACGUUGGAAUUUGAAAAAUGGGCUCCCUCUGUCAAGACCAUCAUCUAUAAGGGACCACCCAAUGCUCGUAAAGAACUGCAAAACGAGAUUCGAUACAAUGAUUUCCAGGUAUUGUUGACGACCUUUGAAUAUAUUAUCAAGGAUCGACCUAUUCUUAGUAAAGUCAAAUGGUUACACAUGAUUGUGGAUGAGGGUCAUCGUAUGAAGAAUACCAAUUCCAAGUUGACGAUUGUGCUUCGACAGUAUUAUCAUACGCGUUACCGACUUAUUCUUACAGGUACCCCACUGCAGAAUAACUUGCCUGAAUUAUGGGCCUUGCUGAAUUUCAUUUUGCCCAAGAUUUUCAAGAGUGUCAAGAGUUUUGAAGAGUGGUUUAAUACACCUUUUAAUACACAAGGUGUGGCGGAUAAGAUUGGCCUGAACGAAGAAGAACAAUUAUUGAUCAUCAAGCGUCUUCACAAGGUUCUUCGACCCUUUUUAUUGAGACGUUUGAAACGUGAUGUAGAAUCGGAAUUACCGGACAAGGUAGAACGUGUGAUCAAAUGUAAACUCUCUUCUUUACAAACACACUUAUAUACACAAAUGAAACGCAAUGGUACCUUGUAUACCUCUGAAGUGGUGAAAGGCAAAUCAGGUGUCAAGGGCUUGAACAACACCAUUAUGCAAUUAAGAAAGAUUUGUAACCAUCCGUUUGUAUUUGAAGAAGUCGAAUCGUUGGUGAAUCCCAGUGGUAUGUCCAAUGAUUUAUUGUAUCGUACAUCGGGUAAAUUUGAAUUGCUGGAUCGCAUGUUACCCAAGUUACAACAAACGGGUCAUCGUGUUCUGAUUUUCUUCCAAAUGACCCAAGUGAUGAGUAUCAUGGAGGAUUUCUUGAACUACAAGGGGUUUACGUACUUGCGUUUGGAUGGUUCAACCAAGGCAGAUGACCGUUCUGAAUUAUUACGUUUAUUUAACGCACCUGAUUCACCUUAUUUUAUCUUUUUGUUAUCUACACGUGCGGGUGGUCUUGGUCUGAAUUUACAAACAGCCGAUACCGUCAUUAUCUUUGAUUCGGAUUGGAACCCUCAUCAGGAUUUGCAAGCGCAGGAUCGUGCGCAUCGUAUUGGUCAAACAAAAGAAGUUCGUAUCUUUCGACUCAUUUCGACAGACUCUGUGGAAGAAUCCAUUCUGGCGCGAGCCAAUUACAAGCUGGAUAUUGAUGGUAAAGUCAUUCAAGCUGGUAAAUUCGAUAAUCGCAGUACAGAAGAAGAUCGUGAAGCGUUUUUACGUUCGUUAUUGGAAGAUAAAGCGGAUGAAGAGAAUGAUGUGGAGGAUGAAGAUAUUGAUGAUGAAGAAUUGAAUGAAAUCUUGCAACGUAGUGAAAGUGAUAUUCCUAUUUUCCAUCGUAUUGAUGAUGAGCGUGAAGAACAUGAUAAACGUACCUGGCAAUCGAUGGGUCGUCGUGGUAAACCUGAAAGAUUGAUCACGGAGGCAGAAUUACCUGUGAUUUAUUUAAAUGAUGAUCCUAUCCCUGAAGAUGAGGAUGAUCCCUUGGCCUUUGGUCGUGGUCAGCGUACCACGGGUUCUGUGCGCUAUGACGAUGGCUUGACAGAAGAACAAUGGCUGAACGCCCUGGAAGAUGAAGAUAUCGAUCUGGAUGAAUUGAUUCAAAAGAAGGAAAGAAGAAAGCAACAACGUAUGGCUAGAAUCUUUGGUGAACCAGAACCUGAACAACAACAACAACAAGAAAGUAAACGUUUAGGUCGUCGACGACGUGAAGAAAGCGAGCCUGAAGAUCCUAAUAAAAGACGUGGUAGACCAAAGAAGGGAGAGCCUGAGCCUAAACGUAAACGAGGAAAGGUCGAAACCGAAACUAAUAAACCCGAUACAGUUCCUCCUCAGGUCCGAGAGAACAUGUUGAGAAUCUUUCGUGAAUGCUAUAAAGCCGUGGAGGAGGCAGUGGAGGAAGAUGAAGAAUCUUACCGCAGUCGAAGUGAACUGUUUAUGGACUUGGUGAGCAAACGUGAUUAUCCACUGUACUACACGAUGAUUAAAACACCGAUAUCGAUGAAUAUGAUUAAGAAACGAAUGAAUUCAACCUAUUAUAGAACCAUUGCUCAUUUCAGAGAUGAUUUCCACCUGAUGUUUAAUAACGCAAGGACGUUUAAUGAAGAAGGCUCAUUUGUAUACGAAGAUGCCAACGAGAUGCAGAAAAUAUUUGAUGCUAAAUUGGAGGAGUUAUGCCCUGGUGGAGUACUGACAUUAAACCCAUUAUCAUCAUCAUCAUCGUCAGUACAAGCAUCAUCAUCAUCAAAUCAUCAUACGGAUCCAAUGCGAGGAUAUCAUGAAAACUAAGAAGUUUGACUGUAAAUAACGGAAUACUCUCUUUCUUUUACAUAUAAUUCGUUUUGUAUUUCUCUCAAGACUGUCAAAUGGAGAUUUAUACGAAUUGGAUAUUUUUUUAUAAUAAUAAUAAUAAAAAAAAAAAAAAAAAAAUUCAACUAGAAUUCAACACCGGGUUGUGUCAGUAAACUGUGC